UUUGUUCCUUUCUAUGUACGCCAUACUUGAGAUUCGCUUCAUAUUAGUCGCCAUGAUUUAGCAUGGUCUCAUAAUACAUUGUUGUUGUACCUUUGAUUACGUUUGAAUCACUUCUCGUCUGACCCGUAUUCACGAAGAAGGUGGGCACGAUGGAUGACGGGACAAAGAAGACCAGACAAAAAUUGAAGCCAGUUUGGAAUUUUUUUCUCUCUAGAGAGCCACACAAGUUCACAUUUGCUGGUGUUGGCCAUCAGAAGAGAUUGAAGACAAGAAAUGGCAAGCAUUAUCAUUUUCUCGAGCGUCAGGCUCUCGGUUGUGAUCUGCCUCAAAAGAUCCAAUACUCAAUUCUGCGCUGUUUCAGACCGUGCAGCAGAAGCAGGUUUGACCCUGCCGUCUGGUUCGUCGACGGUGACGGUACUUUGAGGAUCAAUUUGAUUGGAGAUACCGCGUCACUAGAUUCAAUUCAGGAGUAUGGGGACCCCAUCCGAACGAUCGGUUAUGGCUCAUUUGGCAUUGUUCUGUUGGUGCGGAGAGUAAUCAAAGAGGGCUCUCCGAGCUAUGGUGUUCAUGCACUGAAAGUCUUUCGCCACCGCCGAGGUGAAUCAGGGUUUCAAUACCAUUACCGUAUCGCGUCCCAAUUUUCGAUUACUUCUUCGCUGAAACAUCAAAAUAUUGUUAACACAUUUCAACUGGACCCUAUAGGCCAGUAUUCUCUCUGCAUGUCUAUGGAAUUCUGUUCAGGAGGAGACUUGCAUACAUUGAUCAUUGACUCUCGUCAACUAGAGGAGACAGAGGCCGACUGUUUUUUCAAGCAGCUCAUACGCGGCUUGACACACAUACACCAUAUGGACAUCGCACACCGGGACCUGAAACCCCAAAACCUCUUGCUGACUUCACAAGGCUGUUUAAAGAUCUCAGAUUUCGAUAUUGCGGAAAGGUGUCAUUAUACCAGGGACGGUCGUCCCCACACAACAGAUAGACUGUGUGGUUCAGCGCAAUAUAUCUCGCCAGAACAAUAUACCAAAAAGAAGUUUGACCCUAGAGCAGCAGAUGUAUGGGCUACGGGUGUCACGUACAUUGCUAUGAGGGUGGGUUGGAUACCUUGGGAAAUUGCUGAGCCGGAAGAGGAUGACGGGUUUCGGAAGUUUCUUCAAUGCAUCGGGAAUUCGGGCUAUGACCCGAUUGGAAGGCUAAGUCAUAUCUGUCAAAAUGUGAUAUGGUCCUUGUUGGACCCGAUUCCAAGUCGUCGUCCGACGGCUCACAGUAUCAUUCAGUCUUUAUGGAUGCAGGAAGUACUGGUAUGUGAGGCUGGUGAAUAUGGAUAUUAGUUGGUUAGACCGUAUAGUUAUCGCGUUGGCGACGGACAUGAUCCAAUCCUUAGAUCAACGCCCAGCGACCGGAAGCACCCAAACAGGACUAGACGGAUGCCGUCGGUUGCAGAUCAACCUCGAGCAAAUUGAUGAGUUGAUACGGUACGAGACUUACAUUGAGAAUACCUUGUCUUGUUUACUUGGCAUGUUCACAUCUCCGUCUACGGGCAUGCGAACCACCUCGCUUUCAAGGUUGUGUCAAAACCCAGAUCGUCUUGCCCACCUGUAGCAAUCAAGCACUACGAUUCAUGAACAGGAUUCGGGCAUAUCAGAGAUAACGUAUCUGAAUCUGGGAAAUAGCCUCGCUUGUUCAGCAUGUGGUGUAUACAGUACUCCAUACUGUAUGCUUGGAUGUUAACCAUGUUCUCAAGGCGAUUCUAUUUUGGUCAUGUAUCUUACGUAUAGGUUCGUCUGCAAAUGAUACGUUGAUUGAAAGCUAGUCGAUGCUUUACUGGUGAUAAUUGCAAACCUUAUAAAAACUUUCAUGUAUAUAGGAAGCGACG